GGGAGACACCUCAAGUGGCUUCUGUAAAAAGAGAAUGCUACAGUACAGUGGCGGACGGAGUUGGCUCUCGUUUUGUUCUGCAGCCAGUUGUUUCGUGUCUCCUGUUCUGACGCUCAUGUCUCGACGAGGAUGCGUGGAUUCCUAGUGGGGAAUAUCCUGUCUGCGCGUGUGUGUGAGGGGGAAAAAUGGGAGAGCAUGUGUACGCGUUGUUUUCAUGCGCGUCCAGUACAACGGUCAGUCACGGACUGUAGGGCGACUUUUGUUUCUUGCACUCGCUGUCUGUGUACGCAUGUGACCGUGACGCAGCUUUGGAUUCAUUCGUCCGUCAUCGAGAUUAACAAAGACAUGAAUCACCAGUCAGUCCAAAGUCCAUCUUCAAGAGCCUUCCUUUCUUGGCACUCGUGAGGCUGAAUGGACUGGAUAAACACAUGAGCACAUGCACACAUCUCAUCUUCACACGCAUAGCAUACGGGCAUCAAAAACGAGAUGCGGACGUAUGGACACUGACAGGGAAAAAGCCACCAUCGGCAGACACGCUACGCUACAGACCUCCCUCCUCUGCUCUGUCUCUCUACCGGCAACAUAUAAAGUUGCACAGCCCGCCCUCCCCCACUCACUCAUGCGACUGCUAGAAUGGGUGGGAGAUGGUCCGCCAAGUGCCUGGCCACAUCAUCCUCCCCCAGGGCCCCCAGGCCAAGCCACCGUGCAGCCCAGGGGCGACAUGCUGGCACGAGCAUGUGCACGAACGUCCUCGCCGGGAAGGGGUAGAGGGACAGGGUGUGAGUCCACCCCAGCCGCAGCAGCGACGCCAUCAUGGCGUGCUCGCGAGUGCCCUCCGCAUAUUGACUCGCUCCGUGGGCGCCAGCUGGGGGCGGCAGCGGCGGGUCUGUGAGGGACAUAAUGCUCUGGGAUUGGCUCGAGGACAUGGCUGCAUCGUUGGUGGUGCUGCUGUUGUCUGGCUGCUGGUUGUCGUCUUGAUCUGUCCCUUUGUUGGUCGGCGAGGGAUCCAGCGACGGGGAGGGGGGUGAAGGGGGACUGGCACCACACACAAUACAGAUUCAUAAAAGCACACAUCGUGGGUGUGUCUGUCUGUCUCGUGGCCUCCCUCCCUCCCUCCCUCCCUCCCUCACCCGGAUGGCAGCCUGGUGCUGUCUGUGGGGUGCAGAGAGGCGUUGGACAUCAAGCCGAGGGGCAUGGGUGAGGGGCGGGUUCUGUAUGUCCCUAUCACAUGAGGGUACUUGUCGUCCACCGGGGCAGGUGCGGCGCCCCACCAGUCAUGACUGACGGGCGAUGACGGCAGCAGCAUCUGGGAGCAUGCAGGCACCAGGGGGUCGUGCUUGGCCGUGGCGUAGGCGAGCCGGUGCCUGAAGGCCUUGAGUGCGAACCAAUAGGCGCUUCCCUCCUGGCUCAUCUGAACUAUCAGCUGCUCCUCAUCGCGCAGCAGCAGCUGUAGGAAACUACGGCCGUAGGCAAACACCGCCAAGUGCAGCUGGUCGAGCAGCGACGUCUCCUCUCCUUGGUCGUCGCUGUGGGCCAGCUCGCCCUUCGGCUGUGCACCAUAGGCCAUGAAGGGGCGUGCGAGUGCUUCUGGAGGAUUGGUGCGGCGAAAGAAGCCAAACAUGUCGAUGCCAUACAGCAGCCGAGCGCCGUACCGCACAGGCAGGAAUAUAUACUCGCUGACACACACCACACACCAUACAUAAACAGACAGACAGACAAACCGAUGUACGUACGUACGUACGUACGUGCUGCGUGUGCCUGCCUGCCUGCCUUUCUGUCCGUUUCCAUACCUACCUGCAUCCGACAUGUGGGGUCACAGUGGUGAUGAAGUAGAGGGGUUCCAGGCAGGCAAUGGUCUCGCUCUGGGGGUCGUAAAGCAGUGCCAACGCAUACCGCAGAUACAAACCACCCAAACUGUUGCCUGCCGCACACACACACAACAAACAGCCAGCCAAUCAGGUCAGUGCACUCAUAAGUAAGUGCACAGACGUCCGGUUGUUGUCCCUUUGCUUACCGAGGACAGAGAUGUAUUUGAGGGAUGGGUGCUGCUGGAUGACUUGGCGGAUCUCCUGCGCCGCGCGCUCGCCACCUCUGUCGACUCCAUCGGCCGUGCUGAAGUGGCUGUGGAAUGCACCCCUGAGACGAUAAACACCCAUUCAGCCACGUUAAUGGGUGGUGGGGACGGUACAGAGGUGGGUGUGGUGUACAUCUAUCGGAGUUGCUCACCAGUUGGCGUGGAGCUUGUGGAUGAGGACAUUGUGUGGGCCUGGCGGGGGCGGGGGAGUGCGGUCGAUGCCAUCCCCACCGUCACCAGAGGCAGAACUUCUCGUGUCAUCGGACAGCGACCCAUCCUGCCUGGCCUCCUGCUGCAGCCGAGCGAAGUGUGCCAGAAACAGAUCGCUCAACCCUGCACACAGACACAUAGACAGACAGACAGACAGACGUAGCGAACGGAAAGGCAUCCGUCGCGCCAUCGGUUUUUAUUCUUCGUCCCUCCUUCCCUCCCGUGUUCGCUGUGCUUACUGUCCAUGGUGUGCGGCAAGCCAUGCAUGCCGUGUUGAAGGACUAUCAGAUGCUCCACUUCUGUGGUCUUACAGUUCCUCAACGCCUGACUGUACUCGUCGCGCUUGCCCGAGAAGCCGCCAAUAGCCCACAGUAUCGCACCGAUGACCCACAGCACCGCGCUGAUAAUCCUGGAAGAGGCAUACUUGAGCCACGACCGCUGCUGCCCUUCCGUCCCACCAGGCUCGUCGGUGUCGUGACCAUGCCGGCGUCGACGUCGGCGGACUCCUUUGCAUGACGUGGCUUCACGCUCGCCGGACCGCUGCCCAUCGAUUGAGGGAGGAGAUACCUCCUCUUCAUGCUCUGACAUCCU